AUGGUUUUAUUUAAGAGACAUAACAACACUGAACAAGUGUCUUCAAACAUUUCAUUACAAGAGUUUGAAACCAAGACACCAUAUAAUGAUGACGAAGCUAUAUUAAAUGAUCAAGAAUCUGGAUCUGUUGAUGAUGAAAAAUUUGAUUCUCAAACAGGUUCUAAAAGAGCUUUGAAAAAUCGUCAUCUAUCAUUGAUUGCCCUUGCUGGUAUCAUUGGGCCUGGUAUUUUAGUUGGAGCUGGUAUUGCACUUAUAAAAGGUGGUCCAUUAGCUUUAUUAAUAGCUGUCUUGAUCAUUGGUGUCAUAGCAUAUUCCAUAAUGACUUCGAUUGGUGAGAUGGUUAGUGUUUAUCCCUCAGGGAAUGGGUUCACAACAUUGGCUAGAAGAUUCCAUAGUGAUUCAUUAGGUGCAGUAUCAGGUUAUUAUUAUGUUAUUGUUUGGUUUUGUGUUUUAAGUAAUGAAUAUAAUACUCUGAGCUCUAUAAUGACCUAUUGGGAUGAUGAAGGGAAAGUUCCAAUUUAUGGAUAUAUCUUAUUAUUUUGGUUUGGAUUUGAAAUUUUCCAGUUAUUAGGAGUUGAAGCAUUUGGAGAAUCUGAAUAUUGGUUAGCAUUAUUUAAAAUCUUGGGGUUAGUUGCGUAUUAUAUCUUUUCCAUUAUUUAUAUAAGUGGGGGGAUUAAAAACCGUCCAGCAUUUGGGUUCCAUUAUUGGAAUGAUCCAGGUGCCUUAACAAAUGGAUUCAGAGGUAUUGCCACAGUUUUCGUUUAUUUUUCAACUUUUUUCUCAGGUACUGAAGCCGUUGCAAUCACUGCAAAUGAAGCUAAAAAUCCAAAAGUUGCCAUUCCAAGAGCUGUUAGACAAACAACUUAUCGUAUAUUAUUUGUUUAUGUUGCCAUUGCAAUUUUUUAUGGAGUCACUGUCUCAUCAGAUGAUUCAUUAUUAAAAUCAGAUGAACGUGCAUUAAAAUCACCAAUUGGUAUAGCCAUAGUUAGGGCAGGUUGGGAGAAUGGUACACAUUUGGUUAAUGCUUUCAUAUUAGUGACAUGUUUAAGUGCAGUUAAUAGUUCCAUAUAUAUUGGGAGUCGUACAAUAACAAAUUUGGCUACUGAAGGGUUAGCACCUAAAUUUUUAGGAUGGAAAGAUAAAAGAGGUGUACCAAUAUUUUCUAUAACUUUGAUGAAUGCAUUGGGGUUAUUAUCAUUAAUGAAUGUCUCUACAGGUGCAGCAAAUGCAUAUAAUUAUAUCGUUAAUAUUAGUGGAGUUGCAGUCUUCAUAGUUUGGGGGAUAAUUUCAUAUACACAUAUUAGAGUGCGUCAAGCUUGGAAGAUCCAAGGUUAUGAUAUCAGUGAAUUACCAUAUAGAUCAAAUUUAUAUCCAUGGAUUGCAUAUUUUGGAUUAGGUGCUAAUGUUUUCUUAGCUUUGGUACAAGGUUGGACUUCAUUAUCACCAUUUGUUGCAGCUGAUUUUGUUGAUUCUUAUAUAUUAUUACCUUUCAGUUUUGUUGUUUAUGGUGUUGUUGCAUUGAUUAAGAAAAAUUGGAAACCUGUUGAUUUGGGGGAGAUUGAUUUAGAUGAAGGACGUAGAAGAGAUAUUGAUAUAGAAGAUGAAGAAGAAGAGUUGAAUGAACCAUGGUUUAAAAAAAUCUACAAGAAUCUAUAA